GGCGCGGCGGUCGGGAGGCGCGCGGCUCGGUCCUCUCCACCUGCUGGGCGAGCGCACGGGCCAUGGGCGGCCAUGGGCGACCGCGAGCGGAACAAGAAGCGGCUGCUGGAGCUGCUGCAGGCGGCGGGCACCGGCAACGCGCAGUGCGCCGACUGCGGGGCGGCGGAUCCCGACUGGGCCUCUUACAAGCUGGGCAUCUUCAUCUGUCUGAACUGCUCCGGCGUCCACCGCAACUUCCCAGACAUCAGCAGAGUUAAAUCCGUGAGACUUGACUUCUGGGACGACAGCAUUGUGGAGUUUAUGACCCACAACGGGAACCUCCGUGUGAAGGCCAAGUACGAAGCCAGAGUCCCUGCUUUCUACUAUAUUCCCCAGGCCAACGACUGCCUGGUCUUAAAGGAACAGUGGAUUCGAGCUAAGUACGAGAGACAGGAAUUCAUGGCUGAUGGGAAGAUGAUCUCACCGCCAGGUAACCGAGAAGGGUUCCUGUGGAAGCGGGGAAGGGACAACGCGCAGUUCCUGAGAAGGAGGUUUGUCCUCCUGGCAAGGGAAGGCCUCCUGAAGUACUACACUAAAGAAGAGGGUAAAGGCCCCAAGGCUGUCAUCAGCAUCAAGGACUUGAAUGCCACCUUCCAGACAGAGAAGAUAGGGAACCCCCACGGGCUGCAGAUCACCUACAGCAGAGAGGGUCACAUCAGGAACCUGUUUGUGUAUCACGAGAGUGGGAAGGAGAUAGUGGACUGGUUCAAUGCCCUCCGUGCAGCCCGUCUGCAAUACCUAAAAACGGCCUUUCCUGAACUCCCAGAGUCUGAGCUCGUGCCCCUCAUCACCAGGAACUACCUCAAACAAGGCUUCAUGGAAAAGACUGGCCCAAAGCAGAGAGAACCUUUCAAGAAAAGGUGGUUCGCCCUGGAUCCCCAGGAACGGAGGCUGCUCUAUUACAAGAACCCACUGGACGCCUUUGAGCAAGGCCAGGUUUUUCUCGGGAGGAACGAGCAGGGGUACCAGGUUUAUGAAGACCUGCCCAAGGGCAUCCGAGGGAAUCGCUGGAAAGCUGGCCUCACCAUCGUCACCCCGGAGCGGAGAUUCAUCUUCACCUGCCCCAGCGAGAAGGAGCAGCGGGAAUGGCUGGAGAGUUUCCGGGAUGUCCUCUCCCGCCCCUUCACACCCCUCAACAUCCUCACUGCAUCAACAGAGAGUGGCUGCAGCAGCAGGUGACCCACUGGCCGAGGAGCUGGCUGGCCACCGGCCACCUGGAGCUCCUGGCAGGAAGGAGAAGUUCUCGCCUUGGCCUCGGUUGCCCAGCAGGAGUGCCCCGCAGUCAGCAGCCAUCGCUGGCAGUGAACUCUGCCAAGACCAAAGCUGUGGCCUUUACCAACCGGCUCCCUGGGCCUCUCUACUGCCCAGCCCUGAGGGUCUGGGGAUCUGGUACAUGUCCUCAAGGCCCAGGACAUCUGAAAUGAAGGCGCUGUGAUGGAAAGGCACCCACAGCAUCAUGCAAGUGGCAUGCUUGCUCAAAAAGAAAAGAAAAGUUUAAUCUGAAUCUAACCAUGAGGACAUAAUCAGACAAACCCACCUUGGGGACAUUCUUUAAAACAACCAGCCUGGACUCUUCAAAAAUGUCAAUAACGUGAAAGAUAAAGUAGCAUGGAAACUGUUCUGGAUUAAAGGUGGCCAAAGAGACAGCAACAUGCAAUUCAUGAUUCUCAAUUGGAUCCUGGAUUUUAAAAAAACAGCUAUAAAGGACAUAUGAGAUAACGGGGGAAAUUUGAAUAUGAGUGUACAUGAACUAAUAACAUUGUAUGAUUGUGAUAAUUAUGCUGUAGUUGUGUGGGAGAACGCUCUGGUUCUUAGGGGACACGUGCCGAAGCGUUCAGGGGUAAAAUGUAGUAAUUUUCAGUCUGCAGUGACAACUGACUCUUAAAUGGUUCAGCAAAUAAAUGUAUGUGUACAUGUAUAUGUAUAGAGUGUACACAUAUGUACAUAUAGAGAGCGUCUGUAUAAAUAUGGAAGACAGAAAGUAUAUAUAUAUAUAUGUAUAUGUAUACAGGGAGAGGAAGAGAAAAAAAAAAGACCACUGUGCAAUGCAAAAUGUUAGCAGCUGAUAAAUCAAGAUAAAGUGUAAAUGAGUAUUGUCCUAUUCAGGCAAGUUUUCCAUAGAUUUGAAAGUGUCCAAAUUAAAAAGGUGGGAGAAAAUCUUUUUAAAACAUCCACUUUCCACUCCUCAAAAGCAGUGUUUUUUCACAUGCGUCAAAAAUGUUCCUAGGAGAUUUUCAUCUUUGUGUACAUUUUAGAAGAAAUAAAAGCCUAGAUAAAAAAAAAAAAAAAAAAAAAAAAAAAACACAGUGUCUGCAUUGAUUCUCACCACGCUCUGGAAGGAAAGAAGCAAGCCAAGGAGACAACUCUGCUGGGCCCCAGGGCACAGAGCUGUCCAGCCCGCAUGCUGGGUCUGGCCUUGCCACUAACUUGAGACUGUUGGAAAAUUCACUUCCCCACCUCUUUGCCUUGGUUCUUUUCAUUCAUAUGAGGAAGUUAUACUAACUAUUGAAAUUCAAUGGAAGCAAGAAGUAUUUUUAAGCAUCUUCCAGGUGCCAGGCUCUGUGCCAAGCCCUGGGAAUAGGCAGGAACCAGAUGACGUGUUCCCUGCUGUCACAGAUUACAGACUGUUGGAAGGCAGCCCUUACACGGGGCAGGACAAUGAGGUGAGUGUUCAGAAAGGGGAAGUACAGGCUGCUGUGGGAGCGUGUGGCCAUAGGGUUUACCCUGACUAGGGGAGAGGGGAGCCUCCUUCCUCUCCAGAAAGUGACGUUAAAGUUGAGACCUAAAAGCUGUUUAAAGGUUAGCCAAAGAGAAGAGGGCGAGGAAAACAGUCUAGGCUGAGGGGAAAAAAUGUUCAAAGACACCAAGAUGGGAAAGAGGAACUGAAAGAAAUCUUGAAUGGCUGAAAUGUUAGCGAAACAGAUCGCCAAGUUCUCUUCUCCAUGAUUCUCUUUGUCCCUUCAAGUGAUGGUUCAGAAAGACAUUGGGUGAAGUUCUCUCUUCCUUUCGGUGGAGACCCAGAGCGUUAGGAGGAUCUUUGAGAGAGUCUCUGGUUUUUAUGGGAUUGUCCUUUUGGAUCCCUGAAUCAGAGGACAAGCAACAUCAUUGGAGCAUCUUUCCUGAGCCUUCCUGACAGCCCAGGUGGAGAUGUGAGUACUUCUUCCUCUGGCUCCUGGAGCACCUUGAAAAUGUCUGUUUCAACACCUGCUAUGUUGUGUAUUAAAGGUCGGUUUACUUGUCUGCCUUUUUUUUUUUUUUUAACCACCUGUGAGCUCUGUUGACUGUACUCUGCUUAGUCAUGAGGAUGAGAAAAUAGAUAAAAGCAUAGGUUUGCGCUCAAGGAAUUUAUGGUCUAGAGGGGAAUAAGGAAAAGUAAACAGGCAGUAACAAAACUGACUGAUGAGGGAAAUUGGGGUUCCUAGGAGCCCUUCAGAGGGGCAGAGAAGAGACACAAGAGAUGGAGAUGAAGUCCCAGUGAAAUGGAGUACCUGAUUUUGGUUGGUUUCUGAGGCCUGGCUAAGGCACUUCGUCUUUGGGUUCCCCCAGGAUACCUCUGUACUCUUACAUUAAAUACUCUUCUCUCUUUAUUUAUUUUUAAUUUUUUUAGAACAUUCCUUUUUUAAGAAACUAGAGAGGAGUUGGCACUAGGAAGCAAGGAAUUGCAUGGGUGAGUUUCUCAUUUUUUAGCUUUUCACCUGAGGGCAGGCCCUGGUCAGUGCCUCAGGGGACCACUAAAACUCUGAUGGAAAUCUGCAAGUCUUACUGAUUGAAAAAUAGAGGACAGAGCUUAGGGUGACCAUAGCAGCUGGAAAGUGAGAGAGGGAAGUCUGGGAGGAGACGGCCACAGACGGGGAGUUCUGAAUUCUACAAAUUAUCGGCCUGCUCUCUGGAGGAACAUAACAGAAUCCAGAGGUUUGACAAUGUAUCAUUCACAAUAUCAGGAUAUAACCCUAAAUUAGUAGAUAUACAAAAAUUAAGAAAGUAUGAAUCAUACUCAAGAAAAAACAUCAAUCAAUGAAGGCUGAUUCUAAGAUGUCCCAGAUAUUGGAAUUAGCAGGCAGGAAUUUUAAAGUAACUAAUGUAACUAUGCUCAAUAAGUAAAGGAAAAUACAAUCCUAAUGAAUAAACAGAUAUGAAAUCUCAACAGAGAAAUAGAGACUGUAAAGAAGAACCAAAUGGAAAUUCUAGAACCAAAAAAUAAAAUAUGUGAAAAAAAAAUUUCAGCUCAACAGUAAAUUUGAGGUGACGAAGCGUCAGCAAACUUGAAGAUGGUUCGAUGGAAAUGAUCCAAUCUGAAAACAGGAAAAAAAAAAUGAUGUUGACAAAGUGAAAAGAAAACCUCAGUGACCUGUGGGACAAUAUCAAAAGCUCUAAUUUACAUGUAAUUGGAGCUCUAGGAAGAGAAGAGAGAGAGAUUGGAGCGGAAAAAAAACAUUUGGAGAUAUCUUGAUUGAAUGUUUCUAAGUUUGGUGAAAGACACGGAGAGACUCAAGGAGCUCAGCAAACUUCAAGUAGGAUAGACACAAAGAAAACCACACCCAGGGACACUGUUGGCAAUCUGCUGAAAACCGAAGGUAAUGGUAAGAUCGCCAAAGCAGCCAGAGGAAAAUGAUCUAUUACAAACAGGGAAAUAUUGUUCUUCAUCAGAAACAAUGGAGGCCAGACGGCAGUGGAAAGACAUCUUUAAAGCAUUAAAAGAAAAAAAAAAA